CUUCUACUACUUCCUGAUGUGAGUUUUGGGAGAAGCCUACUUUUUUUCUUCUUCUACUACUUCCUGAUGUGAGUUUUGGGAGAAGCUGGUUUUCUGAAAAGAUGGCUAAGCGGUGAAAUUGAUAGAAGGAUAUCAAUCAAUUUACAAAAGGGCAGAUUGGUCUUGGUCUUCUCUUCUUUAGUCUUUUUAAAGUUUUAAUUUUUUUUUUGGUUCUUGUCACCCUUUUGCUUUGUCUGUUUUACUGCUGAAAACGUACAGGUGGCGAACUCUUCUUUCGUAGCUCUCUUUAUCCGUCUCUGUCUAACCUCCAAGUGUGCACUUUUGGCUGGACAAUUUGUUUUGGCCUCUGCUCCAAAUAUAUUUGCUGCGAUUCUUUAAUGGCGAUAGAGCUGUUCCAAAGCUUUUGAUGCGUACCCCUCCCUUGCCUCUCCACUGAGGUUGACUUACAUGUGAAUGUAAUGCACUUGAUGUUUCAAAGGUAGUGUACCUUGAAAUAAGCUGCUUAAUUUUAACCAUGACUUCCAGUACAAAUCAAAACAGAAAGGAAAGCUUGCUUAACGAGGUUGCAAGCUUGGAAAAGCAGUUGACAGCAUCAAUCCUUUCCAAAGGGAUAUUGCAUUCAGAUGUUAAAGAUCUGUACCACAAAGUUUGUUCAAUUUAUGAGAGAAUCUUCAUCAGUGACCAUGAACAAGUAGAGCUUCAAGAUAUUGAAUACUCUCUGUGGAAGCUUCAUUACAAGCAUAUUGAUGAGUUUCGGAAAAGAAUCAAGAGAAGCUCAGCAAAUGCGGAGAGCCCAAAGUUGGUGAUAACAAAAAAUCCUAAUGACGUGCAGAGAAGUAGUAGCAAUUAUAUUGCAGAAUUUAGGUUGUUUCUAUUGGAAGCAACAAAAUUCUACCAAAAAGUGAUCUCUAAAAUCAGAGAAUAUUAUGGGCUUCCAAAAGAAGGCUUGUUAUAUAAGGCAUUUGGUGUUUCUAAAGGCAUCAAUCCGAAGAAGAAGAAGAAAUGUCAAUUUUUAUGUCAUCGUCUUUUAGUUUGCCUCGGGGAUCUUGCUAGGUACAUGGAGCAGCAUGAAAAGCCAGAUCUCCAUUCCCAUAAGUGGUUAGCUGCUGCUACUCAUUACUUAGAAGCAACAAUGGUUUGGCCGGAUAGCGGAAACCCGCAAAAUCAGUUGGCUGUAUUGGCAACAUAUGUUAAUGAUCAGUUUCUUGCUAUGUACCACUGUGCGAGAAGUUCUGCAGUCAAAGAACCGUUCCCUGAUGCUUGGGAUAAUCUUAUAUUACUAUUUGAAAGAAAUAGGUCGUCUCUUCUGCCUUCCCUGUCUGUGGAUGUCCAGUUCAGUUUCUUAAGGCCGUCUGAAAAGAGCUGUCUUGAAAUCAAAUCACAGACCAAAGAUGAUCACAAGUCUUCAGAGACAGACUUGUUUUCUCUUCUUAUCAGAACAUUGGGGUUCUUUUUCAUAAAAUCCAGUUUGGAGGAAUUCACAAGUACAUUGUCAUCUAUGAUGAGAUGGCUAGAUGAACUCUUGUCUGUAGAUGAUUCUGAGCUAAGUGUUUCAUUAGAGUCCUAUAAGCUUUUGGAUUCAGUGAGAACAGGCCCGUUCCGAGCCAUCCAAAUUGUUUCCGUAUUCAUCUUCAUGCUUCAGAAUCUUUUUAUUAAAACUGAUCUGAAUGAUAUGCAGCAACUUGAGCUGACCCACUUGGCAUUGGCUGCUACCUUUGUUGUCAUGGGACGCCUAAUUGAGAGAUGUUUGAAGGCAACCCAAUUGGUUUCUUUCCCUCUUUUACCCGCUGUGCUCGUCUUUGUGGAGUGGUUAGCGAACGUUCUUGAUGGAGUAUCAAAAUAUGGUUCUGAUGAAAAGAGCAGAAGUUCCAUGUCUUACUUUUUUGGUGUUUUUGUUAACCUUCUAGAGAGACUGAAUGUUAAUACAGUUGACGCAGAGUCUUCACUUGCUAUCCCACUGUGGGAAGACUAUGAAUUAAGGGGCUUCACACCUUUGGCUUCUGCACAUGAACCAUUAGAUUUCUCAUCUCACUGGGAACACAUGGACAACUACAAAUUUGGAGGAAAACAUCGUGCUUACCGCAUAAUUGUUGCUGCUACCAAAAUUUCCAACACAGCUAAUGAUUCUCCAAAGUGUAUCAUCCACGAUAAGACGCGGAAGGUCUUUUACAUAGUAGAACAAAAUGAACUUGCAGACAAGAAAGCAUUGGAAAGUGCAAAGUCGAACAUUGUUAGUCCAGAUCCGCAAGUGCCAACUCGGGACGUCGGUGAAGAUAUCCCAGAUGAAGUUCAGGAUCAGAACCAUCUGAAUAAGAAAUUUGUCACGGUUGAAGAUGAAGAAGUCAUUCUUUUCAAGCCCCUUAUGAGGUAUAAUUCUGCACCGAUCUCUAUUGCAGGGAACGGUGAAAUUUCACCAAAAAGCGUGGAGGAUCAGACCGUUUCUUCUGAUGAAUGCUUGAGGCGUGCUACAUCGCUACUUAUAGCACAGACUCAGGGCCAGAGUGAUCCCUUUGCUUUUCAAACAGACAUUACAAAUGUCAACUCAAACAAGUUAUCUGAGCAGCAUGAUACUAUGGUAAAAGAUACAAGAGAACAUCAAAUGUCAGAAGGCUCCAUAUCUGCUGGCCCCCCCUCUCUCAGUGCCUGGGUGCUCAAUAGAGGAGGUUUUACUUUGAACCCUGAUAGAGAGAAAGGGACAAAUGGUUUUGCUAAACCUGGUUUACAGCCGAUUGACGAGUUAACUCCGACGUUUAUAAAUGGUUCUAGACUUGGUGAUACCGAGAAUUCUGCUUCGAGUCCCAGCCGUGAAUCUGGAAAAUCAUACCAGUUUCCUCCUCCUCCCUAUUCAGCCCCAACACCUUCAGCUCCUUAUUUACCUGAUGAUGCCGUUUGGUUUAAUGGUACCAAUGCUGGCAUGUCCGAAAGCAAAAUCACUAGGGACAUCGACCAAAAUGGUACAUUCUCAAAUGCUUUUAGAGGAAGUCCAAAUUGGCCUGCCACUCAUGGGACACAUGCAUAUGGCCCCUUGACUGCUGGCCUUCCGAAUAUACAACCGUUCACGCAUCGAAUGACUUCUUCUGAAUGGCUUCGUCAGUAUCGGGAGAAUCACAAUCUGGAGCGGGAUAGUAGUCAGUUAAUGCCAGCUCCCUACAAUGCUUCAGGAAAUCUUAUGAACUUCCAAAGAAAUGAUGCUUCAAGGAAUGACUAUUUGUAUCAAACAGGGAGCCAAUUGGGUUAUAAUCAAACAAUGAAUAUGGAGAGUCCAUUGCGCCAUCCAGCUUUCCCAUUAGCUUAUGGAACUAAUGAAAACCAGAAAAACAUGAUCUUCCAUGGUUACGAAAGGCCGAACCUUUAUGGCUGCGGUGCUACUGACUUGAGAAGUGAGCAGCCGCCGCUUCUGCUGUAUCUAAAAGAGAAAGAAUGGCAGCUCCAGAAAGAUGCUGCUAGCAGAACUCCCACCUAUAUGGGGAAUUGAGGAUUUUCAUAGAUUUUGUUUCAACAAACUCACUUCCUUUGUUCAAUACAUCACAUUGAACUUUGGCAAACAUUCAAUGUUUCUCAGUACCGUAAAUGCGAAACUGUUGAAUGAAAAAGUUUGCAGUUGUAUAUACAUGUGUAGUGUACAGAAAGUCGAAAGAAUUUCGCAAUUGGCAGAGAGGUAGAUGUUGCAGGAGUUUGAAGUAAAUGUGUAUUAUAUAACUAUCUCAUGUAAACACUAUAGAAGAUUGUUUUCUUUUCUUAAGAACAUGAGAAAGGUGAUAUUUAUGUCUGAUGAGAUGUUGUACUUGAUUCUUCUGCAUUUAUCAGAACAUACAGCUGAAGAGUUCUCAGGCAAAAUGCAAGUGAAAGAACUGCUAUUUUCCAAA